UAAAUAUAAUAUAUAGAUCUGGUCUGACAUAAUUUAAACUUUAAAGUACAUAAUCUUAUCAAUCCACUUGAGAAAUGAAUGAAACAGCAGACUAUUUUUAUUUCUCUUCCAUAUUCAAUUGCAUAUUUUUGCUGCAGAAUUUGACCUUAGCUGCGAAUGAAGAAUUCGCCUGUUUCUUCCUCCAAUCGCUCAUAUCUAUUUGAUUCUUCAAGCUCCAAGUCUCAGCAUAAUCAAUGCGGUGCUUUAUCUAUGAUGCAAAUUCAGAAGAACAGCUCUCUGUUUUAUCAAUUCUUCAAGAAAUUUACCAUAAUUUUCUCAGCUGUAGGCUACAAUUCUAAAAGUGAUGCUCCAGAAGUUGACCAAGGUUAUGGAAUUAGGAACUCAAAUAAGAUCCAUAGUAAUUCAUGUAAGCGCUUGUCAAUCCCCUUUUCUUGAUUUUUUUUUGUUUUUGUUUUGAAGUGUUGAUUAUAUAUCCCUUAAGGUUGAUAUUUUUUGGAUUGAACUGACUACUGAGUUCUGUCUAAUUCGUAAUAUAAUUUAUUGUAAAUUGUAAUUCGCUACGUAAUUCACUAUGAUUUUGUGAUUCGCAACAUAAUUUACUACUCUAUAAUUUGUAUUAUGUUACAUAAUGGACUAUGAAUUUGUAUUUCGCCACUUAGCUUUCAGUAAGCUCACAAGGAGUUUGUAAUUCGCUUUAUAAUUCACUUUGUGUUAAAUUAGUUUUGAUUUAUCGUGAAUGUGAACAUAUUAACAGGGAAAUAAGAGAUGUACACACUUCAUAAGCCAAAGACAUAUAUAUUAUAUUAUCUCAAAAUCAUAUGGCUUUGGAAGAAGAACUCCAAUAACUUAUAAAAGUGUGCAUAUCAUCUUCAAUUUGUUGACGUGGGAAAAAACAUCCCAACACUAUGGAAUUGUAAUUCAGCAUAAUUCACCGUGAAUCAGUAAAUUGUGUUUCGCUAUGAUUUUGCAUUUCGCCACAUAGCUUACUAGGAAUUUGUAAUUCGCUUUCUAAUUCACUUUGAAAUUGUAAUUCGCUACAUAAUUUACUAUAUGAAAUUGUAAUUUGCUCAAAAUUUUCCUAAUGCUAUUCUUGUUUAAUUUUCACGAAACGUGAGAGGAUUGGUGAAUCUGAUAAAGCUGUGCUAUCAGUUGUAAUUCGUUUUGUAUGAAGAAUUCACCUGAAAAGGGAAGUAUUCGUAUCAAUUUGUACUGAUAUUAUGUGGUCUAAUCAGUGUGCUCUGCUGAUUUUUUGUGUUACUUGGACUCGGAGUACUCGUGUGGAAUACUCCUUUGAUCCCUUUGAUUUGGCUACAGGAUAAUAAUGUUACUUUAUCAAUUUGUAGUGGUGGAAUAAGAUUUUACAAAUAGAGUUGGCAGAAAAACAUAUGUGGAUGAGAUGCAGGUACAUAACGAGUUUGUAGAUGAGAGUUGGAGGGAGAAUGUUGGACCACAACCAAAAAGAGAAGAGUAACAAAACCAAUGGCACGGACUGGGUUCUCCUCAAAAAGCCAAAAAGAAGGGUCAUCAACUAGGCAACCAGACUCUUUCAAUCCAUCGGAAUCCUCAAGUGGAGAAGUCUUUGGCUCAUUAAACUUUACUCUUCAGGAUAUUAAUCAAGCUACCAAGAAUUUUUCUCAAAAUAAUGUAAUUGGAGAUGGUGGUUUUGGGACAGUUUACAAGGGGCAGCUGAAGGAUGGAAACCUCGUUGCAAUAAAACGUGCAAAGAAGGAAUUGUAUGACAAGCGAACUGCACAAGAAUUCAAGAGUGAAGUCUUGGCCUACUCGAAAAUUGAACAUCUAAAUCUGGUGAAGUUCUAUGGGUAUCUGGAGCACCUGGAUGAAAAGAUUAUUGUUGUUGAGUAUGUUGGAAAUGGAACACUUUUCGACCAUUUACAUGGUAAUCAGGGACGGGUUCUUGAGCUUGCUGAAAGACUGGAUAUUUCUGUUGAUGUAGCGCAUGCAAUCACGUAUCUACAUACCUAUAAUGAUCCUCCAAUUAUUCACAGAGACAUAAAAGCAUCAAACAUCCUCAUCACAGAGAAACUUCGAGCCAAAGUUGCAGAUUUUGGCCUUGCUCGAUUUGUACCAGAAGUUCCUGAUGUGACCCACAUUUCUACACAGAUCAAAGGGACAGCUGGAUAUUUGGAUCCUGAGUAUAUGAAGUCCUACCAGUUAACAGAAAAGAGUGAUGUCUACUCUUUUGGAAUAUUGCUUGUGGAGCUGAUGACUGGAAGACAUCCAAUUGAACCAUGUAAAGGGGUCAAAGAGAGAGUUACUAUUAGAUGGGCUAUGAACAAGCUAAGAGAAGGUAUGCCAGUCCUGGCAAUGGAUCCUAGGCUGAACAGAAGUCCUUCAUCCAUCAAGGUAGUCAAGAACAUUCUGGAACUUGCCCAAAAAUGCACUGGGCCUGUUCGGCAAUCUAGACCAUCCAUGAAGGAUUCUGUUGAAGUGUUGUGGGCUAUUCGGAAGGAACUCAAAGAGGGAAAUCAGUUGAAUUACUGUGCCUCUCAUAGAUCAGUUGAUUUACUCGAAAAAGAAGCAAGAAAGGUAAGGCAAGAAUCAUUGGGGAUUGAAGGAGAGACCUACUCUUUAAUGUCUGCGUAAUCAAAUCGAGAUAGGUGUCUGGUAUCUAUCAUGACUUGAUCAUCUGUAAAUUUUGAGCUCUCAUCAUUUUAGUAUAGUCGUUUUCUAAUCGGUAUUACUGCUUGCAGAAGGUUAUACUUAUGUUCAAGCAGCGAAGAAAUUUACUUGAUGUAUAGAUGUUAAGGUAACUGAUUGGAAUUGUCAUUUAAUGGUAACAUCCAAUUUUUGUCAAAAAGAAUGUAGAAAUUUUAAUAGGUUCUCCCUCUGUCCUUUUAUGUUAGUCUCAAUUACUUAUAAAAGUUCCCAAAUAAACUAAAGGGAUGUAGGUAAUAUGUAUUGUGCAUUUGUGCUCAUUUUCAGGGUACUCUGGCACCCAUUUUCACCAAAAAAAAUAUAUUUCCAUCCUCUAUUUGC